CUGAAGCGAAUGGGGAUUGAACUGCUUUGCCUGUUCUUUCUAUUUCUGGGAAGGAAUGAGUGCGUACAAGGUGGCUGUGCCCUGGGAGGUGCAGAGACCUGUGAGGACUGCCUGCUCCUUGGACCGCAGUGCUCCUGGUGUUCUCAGGAGAACUUUACCCAUCCAUCUGGAGUUGGUGAAAGGUGUGAUACCCCGGCAAAUCUUUUAGCUAAAGGAUGUCAAUUAAGCUUCAUUGAAAACCCUGUCUCCCAAGUAGAAAUACUUAAAAACAAGCCUCUCAGUGUAGGCAGACAGCAAAAUAGCUCUGACAUCGUUCAGAUUGCACCUCAAAGCUUGAUUCUUAAAUUGAGACCAGGUGGUGAGCAGACUCUGCAGGUGCAGGUACGCCAGACUGAGGAUUACCCAGUGGACUUAUAUUACCUCAUGGAUCUCUCUGCCUCCAUGGACGACGACCUCAACACAAUCAAAGAGCUGGGCUCCCUGCUUUCCAAGGAGAUGUCUAAAUUAACCAGCAACUUUAGACUGGGCUUUGGCUCUUUUGUGGAAAAGCCCGUCUCUCCCUUUAUGAAAACAACACCCGAGGAGAUCGCCAACCCUUGCAGUAGUAUACCAUACUUCUGCUUACCUACAUUUGGAUUCAAGCACAUUUUGCCAUUGACCAAUGAUGCUGAAAGAUUCAAUGUAAUUGUGAAGAAUCAGAAAAUUUCUGCUAAUAUUGACACACCCGAAGGUGGAUUUGAUGCAAUUAUGCAAGCUGCUGUGUGUAAGGAAAAAAUCGGUUGGCGGAACGACUCCCUCCACCUCCUGGUCUUUGUAAGUGAUGCUGAUUCUCAUUUCGGAAUGGACAGCAAACUGGCAGGCAUUGUCAUUCCUAACGACGGGCUCUGUCACUUGGACAGCAAGAAUGAAUACUCCAUGUCAACAGUCUUGGAAUAUCCAACGAUUGGACAACUCAUUGAUAAACUGGUACAAAAUAAUGUGCUCCUGAUCUUUGCUGUAACCCAAGAACAAGUUCAUCUGUAUGAGAACUACGCGAAACUGAUUCCUGGUGCUACCGUUGGGCUGCUGCAGCAGGAUUCCGGGAACGUCCUCCAGCUGAUCAUCUCUGCGUAUGAAGAACUUCGGUCAGAAGUGGAACUGGAAGUAUUAGGAGACACGGAAGGACUCAACUUGUCAUUCACAGCCAUCUGUAACAGCUCCCUCUUCCCACACCAAAAGAAAUGCUCGCACAUGAAGGUGGGAGACACAGCUUCCUUCAACGUGACGGUGAGCGUAGCCAACUGCGAGAAGAGAAGCCAGCACAUUGUCAUAAAGCCCGUGGGCCUGGGAGACGCCCUGGAAAUCCUCGUCAGUCCCCAGUGCAGCUGUGACUGUCAGCAAGAAGUGGAAGUAAACAGCUCCAAAUGUCACAAUGGCAACGGCUCCUUCCAGUGUGGGGUGUGUGCCUGCCACCCAGGCCACAUGGGUCCUCGCUGCGAGUGUGGCGAGGACAUGCUGAGCACGGACUCCUGCAGAGAGGCCCCCGGGCAGCCCUCGUGCAGCGGCAGGGGUGACUGCUACUGCGGGCAGUGCAUCUGCCACUUGUCUCCCUAUGGAAACAUUUACGGGCCGUUCUGUCAGUGUGACAAUUUCUCCUGCGUGAGACACAAAGGACUGCUCUGCGGAGACAAUGGUGAGUGCGCCUGCGGGGAAUGCGUGUGCCGGAGCGGCUGGACCGGCGAGUACUGCAACUGUACCACGAGCACAGAUGCGUGCGUCUCCCAUGACGGAGUGCUCUGCAGCGGGCGAGGGGACUGCGUUUGUGGCAGGUGUGUCUGCACCAAUUCCGGAGCCUCGGGACCAACCUGUGAACGGUGUCCCACCUGCGGUGACCCCUGUAACUCGAAACGGAGCUGCAUUGAAUGCCACUUGUCUGCAGAUGGCCAGGCCCGAGAAGAAUGUGUGGACAAAUGCAAACUUGUGGGUGCAACCAUCAGUGAAGAAGAAGAUUUCUCGAAGGAUAGUUCUGUUUCCUGCUCUCUGCAAGGAGAAAAUGAGUGUCUUAUUACAUUCCUAAUAACUACAGAUAACGAGGGGAGAUCCAUCAUUCACAGCAUCAAUGAAACAGAUUGCCCCAAACCUCCAAACAUUCCCAUGAUCAUGUUGGGGGUUUCUCUGGCUAUUCUUCUCAUCGGGGUUGUCCUCCUGUGUAUUUGGAAGCUCUUGGUGUCAUUUCAUGAUCGUAAAGAAGUUGCCAAAUUUGAAGCGGAACGAUCAAAGGCCAAGUGGCAAACGGGAACCAAUCCACUGUACAGAGGCUCAACUAGUACUUUUAAAAAUGUCACCUAUAAGCACCGAGAAAAACAAAAGGCGGACUUUUCCACAGAUGGAUAGAACUGCUUUUCUGCAUGGGAGAAGUCCAUCUCGCUGAUCGGAGAUGUUAAUGCACUAUUGUAUUUUUCCUUCUUUGUUGCUUCAAAAUGCGGUUGGUUUAAGAUAAUAAUAGGUCAUUUGCAGAUUAGUCACUCUCUGUAUGAAGGUGAGAGACUAUGUUGGCAGGUUCAAAAAUAAUCAAGAAGAGCAAUAUCCUUAGCGAAGAGGUGACUUUGGGGAUCAUUUGAGGAAUACUAACUCUGUUGCAUUAAUGUUUCAAAAAAUCAUCAAAAUGAUUCAUGGGGUCCUGAUUUGCAUUUGAAAAAUGUUUGAAAUUAGAAUCUCAUUUGUUUCAGGAAUACAGCUACCUGAAGUCUGUCUCAGCAAAGUCACAAAGCCCAUACGCUCAUGUUGUAUACCCACACUUGCCAGUUAAUUCUCAACACAUUGUAAAUCUGCCCUGUCCUAAAGGAAGAUUCUUUUUUUAAAAGAAAAGCCAUUAGAAAUGGUAUCCUGAUGCUAUAUAAGCCAAAAGGAUGCAAUCCUUCAAAAGGUAUCUCAAACACAAGAUUGAGAAUUAAGUGUUGUUAAUGCCUAUGAAUCGGUAUGUACCUAAAUGUCAGGUAUAGAAAUAUUUCAUUUUACAGUUAAAGAAGUAAUUUUAAAUGAAGAGGUCAGCAGUAAGAAACAAAAAUAACCUCUCUCAUUUAGCUCAUUUUUAAAUUACCUGAAAAAAAUAAUCUGAGUUUCCUUUUUGAUCCUGACUUUUCAAUUACUUCUCCCACAUUUCUCAAGCCAUUUUACCCAGUUGCACAGUCUUCUAAAACCCUAUAAAUUAUCAGGAAGUUUUUCAUUUCUUUUUUUUAAAUUACUUUAUAUAGCUUGUUCAAAGAGAGGCCCAAUAAUACAAAAAAAGGAGCAUGAGUUAAACAGAAUAAAAAUUUUAAAUAAGACACAUCAAGAGUACACAAGUCCCUCAAUGCAUUACAAACAUUUCAAUCUGUAUUCUCUUCCCAACUUGCACAUUUGAGGAUGCAGUUACUUUAAGGAGUAAAUUUUACUCCCAAAAUACAUGCAGGCAACUAGGCAGUUGAUUGAAGAGAUGGACUCUGUAGAAGGUUAUUUCUUAUGGUCACUACUGCUUUACAAAGCGCUUUCAUCUCAUUUGAUCCUCAUAGGAAACUAAGGCUUAGAGAGUGACUAGAAGAAUUGGGUUCAGAAUCUAGAUCUUCUAGCUCCAAGUCAUUUCCUCCUCCCACUGCACAAGACUGUCUCUUUUUCUCAGUGAAAUGAUAGAUUGUAUAAGUUAAAAAGUAAUUGUCAUUUGUUUUUAAAAUGUUCUGAGAGUAAGCAAAUGGCAUUUAAACUGUUGGAAUACAGAUGAGAUCCUGUACUUUAGUGCAACAUGUCUUACCCUUGCCUAAAUUAUGAUGUGAUGCCUUUCACUGCCUGAAUAGUUCAGUAGGUGGGUGGUGGAGGCCUUGUGCCUGUCCACUGACUGGUCAAAGCAUUUCUUCAACUUUACAGGAUGUAUCUAUGACACGUGGACACUUGGAAACAUUUUCUCUCUCUGUUUCUAAAUAAUUCAGGUAAAUCAGACAUUUAGGGGUACACGGACAUCCAGAAAGAAUUAUUAAACAACGGCCUUGGAAAUCUGAGGGCUGGUGUACCCUCUUCGUGUCUGAUACCCAGAACCUGGGAAAAUCUAGAACAACAUACAAGUUGCAACACUGAUACACAGCAGGAGUAGUCACCUCUAUUGGACUUUUUGUGGUACUAUUCUAUUAUUACUGGGAUGGGACUUAGAAAAUAGAAGUUUCCUUUGUGUGCAUUAGGGAAGGUAGAGAAAAAUCUUCUGUUUUCUCUGAAUACUGUUUUGACCCCAGGCAGGACCUUGGAAAGGCCAAAACAUUAACAGUAGUACUUCUGUUCACUGAAGAGUUAUGUUACAUGAAGAUAAAAUGGUUUUUGUAUAGAUUGUUUUAUUCU